AUGUCCACGCGUGCACCUUUACGCCUCGUGGCCCCUCUCCGCCAAAAUCCCAGCUUAACGCGACCCCAAAUACACGCUGCAGCACUUGGACUUAGGGCUAGAUCCAAUCUCAGUCGACCUGCGACAGCAUCAUUCUCAACGAGCCAAACUCCAUUGAACAACGCUUCAGCACCCAAAGACGGGCAGCAGAAAGAGAAAGAGCCCCGGUAUUGGAAGUACGACAUUAGUUUCCGGACGCAGAUGGAGAAGAUUGUGCUCAUUGCGUUCUUGGCGGCGGUGGGCUCGACGGCGUGGUAUAAGGAGUUGAGGGGGUGGUUGGGGGGUGUUGAGGAUGACGUGGACAAAGAGCAGUUAAAAGCAAUGCAGCAGAGUUCCGUGCCGUUUGCAACGGGCGCCAGGACGUGCAUUGGGAAGAACAUCUCGCUGCUGGAGAUGGCGAGGUUGAUUCCGGUGCCGGUUAGGGACUAUGACUUUGAGAUCCAGGUGCAGAGGCCCGGGGAAUGGGGGAUGAAGGAUCGGUGGUUUGUGAAGCCCACGGACUUUUGGGUUGGUGUGGAGAGGAGGGAGAGUGUGUAG